GGUGGUAGGAGUUUGCCUUAUCAAGUUAGCCGCAGGGGAAGAAAAAAGUUUAGUGGACUUCUGGGAAAACAUUCCAAAAAAAUUCCUACAAAACGUAUCGUUCGGUUUUUUAAACAUAUAUGUAUAUAUUAUACCAAUGAGGAAUUAUUGAUGGAUUCGAGAUACGAGAUACAACGGAGGCGCGGUGGAGGGGGGAUUAGCGGGGGCUCCGCGGGAGGGUCCCCAGCGCUGACGGGAGCUCAGUCGCGCCGGAGGAAAAUGCCGCCCCGGCCGGCCGAUUUCAAACUUCAGAUCAUCAUAAUCGGCUCCCGUGGCGUGGGUAAAACCAGCCUGAUGGAAAGAUUCACGGAUGAUACUUUUUGCGAAGCAUGCAAGUCAACUGUUGGUGUUGAUUUUAAAAUCAAAACUGUAGAGUUGAGAGGGAAGAAGAUCAGAUUGCAGAUCUGGGACACAGCUGGACAGGAGAGGUUUAACAGCAUCACCUCAGCCUACUACCGUGGCGCCAAGGGCAUUGUGCUGGUGUACGACAUCACCAAGCAAGAGACCUUCGACGACUUGCCCAAAUGGAUGAAAAUGAUUGACAAGUAUGCUUCUGAGGAUGCAGAGCUCCUGCUCGUUGGGAAUAAGCUGGACUGUGAGAGCGACAGGAUAAUAACUCGGCAACAAGGGGAAAGAUUUGCUUCACGGAUAUCCGGGAUGCGGUUUUGUGAGGCGAGUGCCAAGGAUAACUUUAAUGUCGAUGAGAUUUUUCUGAAGCUGGUGGAUGACAUUCUGAGCAAGAUGCCCCUGGAGAUGUCCAGUAAGGGGCUGUCCAACAGUAUCCUGUCCUUGCAGCCUGAGCCAGAAGUGCCUCCAGAGCUUCCCCCUCCACGUGUGCGCUGUUGCUGAGGACAACCCCCCCCGCGCCCUGCAGCCCCGCUUGGCUCCACCACACCUGGCCCCACCCUCUUCCUCCCAUCUGGCCCCCGCCUGCUUCCUCCCCACCACCACAGCCACCCAUUCUUACCAGCAAGGGGCAGCCCACACCUGGCCUGGAAGCAGAGUCAGCAGACGUGUCACCACCUUGUUGCCAUCUACAGAAGUACAAGACACCACACAGCAUGAGAAACACUAGCACUUGCCUCUCUCACUUCCUUUCCUGUCUACCUCACGUUCAGGACAGGAGACUGUCCAGCAGGUGCCUUCCAAGAUAGUGCCCUUGUUACCUGCUGUGGGAAAGAAUCCAGUCAACUCGGCUACAGUGGGGCCACUCUGUAAUGAGGCUAGGUUACGGACACGGAUUCUUAGAUUGUUCCCUGAAGUAAGAGGCUCGGAGAUCGUGUACACCUCCGCUCCCUUCCUUGUGAUAGGUUGCCUGGACCCACGGGAUCAUAUGACAGGAAGAACAAGAAGUGGUGGUGCAUAACCUGCCCUGGGGUUCAUUUAGAUUCACGUGACAGUGGUUCCCAAG